AUGAUGAACAUCCACGUGAAGAGCCAAAUAAGCCGACUUCGAAGUACAUCUGGGCUUCUUGAGGCGGGGACACUGCAGAGAUGCGUUGACGGAGGGGGCAGAGGCGCCCGUGUCGCCCCUGGGGCGGGGGAGAAGAGGCCCGUGUCGCCCCUGGGGCGGAGGGAGAAGGAGCCCGUAUCUCCCCUGAGGCGGGGGAGAAGAGGCCCGUGUCGCCCCUGGGGCGGGGGAGAAGGCGCCCGUAUCGCCCCUGGGGUUGCUUGUGAGGGCACCUCUUCCAGCCUCACACAAUCAGCUCCUCACCCUCCCCCUCCUCACCAGCACCUCUUCCAGCCUCACACAAUCAGCUCCUCACCCUCCCCCUCCUCACUAGCACCUCUUCCAGCCUCACACAACCAGCUCCUCACCCUCCCCCUCCUCACCAGCACCUCAUCCAGCCUCACACAACCAGCCUCUCACCCUCCUCCUCCUCACCAGCACCUCUUCCACCCUCACACAACCAACCCCUCUCCCUCUCCCUCCUCACCAGCACCUCUUCCAGCCUCACACAACCACCAGCCCCUCACCCUCCCCCUCCCCACCAGCACCUCUUGCACCCUCACACAACCACCAGCCCCUCACCCUCCCCCUCCUAACCAGCACCUCUUCCAGCCUCACACAACCAACCCCUCAUCCUCCCCCUCCUGCCCCUCUCCCCACAACCCGGCCAACAUUCCAGGCAGUUCUUCGCUUGGAUGCCUCAGCGUAUAG